AUUUAUUUAAUAAUUCUAAGAAACAUAUAGGCCACGUUCUUUCUUGCUAUCAACAAACAUGGUGUCAUUUGCCCUCUUAACUGCUCUUGCAUACCUAAGCGUCCUUGCCUCUAGCACUCCCAGGCAAAACCAAUUUGCCACUCACUCAACAUCCGAUAAUCAUGCCAAUCUAUUAGAAUAUUCUAUCAGUGAUGAAAGGAAGUUCCGCGACUUGUCUUACAGAUGGACCCAUGCCUGGGAUCAGAAGGACAAAGCGACAUGGCUUGCAAUAACUGCCCCUGAAGUUAUUGCUAACUACACCGACUAUCCAGCUGUCGGGACACUCACUAUCAGCAGCCCUGCGAGUAUAUUCGAUCACUCGUUUGAUGAUAGAGGCCUUGGUGAUAAACGAUUGCACACACAACAUUUCCUCGGCUCGUCCCUCUUUACCCAUAUCAGCAAGAGCGAGGCAAAGGGGGACUGGCAGGUUCGAGCUCGCCAUGUCAGGGAAGUGAACGGUGAAGAGCGUCAAUGGGAUUCUAGCGCAUAUGUCGAAUUCACCUACAGUCUCAUUGAUGGAGACUGGAAGAUCUCUGGACUGCGUCCUCAUACAGUAGUGGCUACUACUGGACGACCUGAAGAUGUUAUUGGCUUGUUUCCCUAAGCGCUCUGGAAAGGGAGACUUCUGGUGCAAUGGCUUGGGCUAUGUUGCUGCUCUGUAGUCUAUCCACUAAGGUAUGCAAGCCGUGGUACAUAAAAAGCUGCAUUGCAUUAUGAUUAAGAUAGCCAGCACCUUAGCAGGGUCCCUAGUAUUUAGUUCCUUGGUGUACUGACAUACCAUUGCUAGUAUAUAGUCUUUAAACGAAUACACCCUAUAACAUUAACCGUCAAC